CGAGCAACUCAGGUCUAAAUGGCAGUUCUACGUGGAUGGAGAUUCGUUGGCUUCGUGUCCUGCAUCGUUGGAGCUGUGGGAUUAACCCUAUAUCCUGUGAUUAUAGACCCCAUGCUGAACACCGAAAAAUACAAAACCCUGCAGGAAUACAGCAAGAUAAAAAGAGAUGAACUGCAACAUGUUAAAAGGCAGUAAAAAUACCGAUUACAGCACUUUAAUUAAGAACCCAAAUAUGUGUAUUUUUGUUUACAUGAUAGCGCACUAAAAUGUAAAUAUUCUAAGCCUUUUAGAAAUACAAGAAAGUCUGUUCGUCGUUUAGCAGCAUGAACUAAGUCAA